AUGGGAAAACCGGAGCCAUCGGCCACGGGCGACGCAGCCGUCGGCUCGCAUUCCUCCACGCCGUCCCACCUCGGCGAAUCUGCUGCCUCCAUCUCCCUCGGCUCCUCGCCCUUCCCUACCCAUCACCGCGCUCCCUCCCCCCACGGACACUUGUUUGACCGAGAGCUGGCAAACGACGACGACGACGACGACGACGACGACCUCCCGCCGCUGUACACGGACCACGAGGAGUUCAGCAACGAUGCAGAGGGCGUGUUUGACCCCCUGAUGCCCCGACAUCCUCAACACCACCGCGACGACGACGACGACGAGCGCCCGUUUCGACAAGACGACGUGCACGCGUACUUUGUCGACGCGCGACUGGACCGCGAUCCAGACCGCCUGGCCGGCCUCGUGGACCGCUUGUCCGCGGUUCCGCCGCGGCCCUUUGUCCGCAUGCUGGGCACGCACAUGGAGCGCUCGGGCUCCGGCAGCGACAAGAACCGCGAGACGAGGCGCGUCACCGACUUUGAAAUCGAAAUCGAGCUGACGCACCUCUUGUACGCGGACAUCCGGUCCGCCCGGGCCUGGAGGAGCGUCAGCACGGCCGGCAACUUCGAAAAGGUGCGCCGGGGCACCGUCUUUGCCACGCGGGCUCCCGGGUUCGGCGGCAGCGGCGGCGGCGCGCCCGAGGAGGGCGUGCCCGGGCUGCGGGAGUGGUGCCGACGGUACUGCGCGUCGCGCGCGAGGUUGAGGUGCUUCACCGUGGAGCGCCGCGUGCAGGGGUACGACUGGGACCUGCUGCGCCGGCGGCUGGAGGGCCUCGUCAGGGCCACCAACUACCGGGGCCGGGUGGACGUUGCGUUCCCCGUCCGCCACUCCCACGUCCACGUGUACAGCGACGUCGCCGUCAACCGGUGGCGCCUGACGCGGUGGAUCUCCAUGGUGUUCGUCUUCAGCCUCCUCUUUGUGUUCACCUGGCCGUACCUGCUGCUGGCCACGAAGCGCUGGGAGACGGUGAGGGCGGACUGGAGCCUGAGCGAGGCGACGGCCGUGCCGGGCAGGAGAAAGUACGCGUCCAUGAGCGAGGAGCAGUGGUACGCCAUGUGGGCGGGGACGGUGCAGCGGGCCAUGCUGGAGAGGAGGAGAGGCACGCUCGACCAGGGGGAUCUGGAGAGGACGAGGGCCGGGCAAGGCGGCGGCGGUGGCCAGCGAGAGGCGGCCGGCAUGGAAGCCAUGGACGCCAUGGGGGUGGUGAACCGGAGCUUUGGAUGGGGAGGCGACACGGCCUAG